UCUCAGCUGCUCGCAGUCCUGCGCGGUCCGGCGCUGGCGACGCUGAACUGGCGGCUACAACUGCGAGCAAAACCUUUGUUUUUCUGCCUUCCCUUUGUUGAAGAUGACCUGACUUCGAAAGAGCCUCUGCUGGCCAGGGAUCGGCUGAUGUGUGAGAGACAGCCUCCUACCUCCACCACCACCACCACCAUCUUUAGCACUUGAGGGCUGCUCUGCAGAUGGGAGGUCAGCAACCGGUCACCUGUUUCGCCCAAAUGCACUAUCUGCCUUCCACCCUCAUAUAAGAUGGCUGCCCGUGGCUGCCUUCUGCACCCAAACAGAUUGGAGCAGAGCUGCGUGCUACCAUGGUGAUCAUUUUAUCGAAAACACUGGAAAAGAAGAAGGGUGUCAAUGAUGUAAGGUCCAAGAACAUCGAGAGACAGCUGCGUGAACUCCACACCAUGAGCAGAGGGACCACCCUCUUCUCCUGUGGAACUGUGGAGGCAGAUAGGUGGCUGGACCUGGGACGAAGCUGUGCCAUCCAGCAGAGAGCUCCCUGCCAGUCCGGUGCUAGUCUGGAGAGCCUUUGGGAUGCGAUGCCUGAGACGGGGAGCCGGCACUGGGCCAAGGAGCCAGGCGGUGCCACGGCAAUCACCAGUCUGAUAAGAGAUCUCAGCCUUGCCAAUGACAGCAUGAACAGCUCCCACUCCCACACCACACCCACCACCACUGCGCACUACACCACUACAGCCACCAGCCAAGCUCCUACAGCACCCCCGAGCAAACGUCAGUGUCGCUCUCUGUCGUUCUCUGAUGAAUUCAGCGGGUUUCGCUCAUCUUGGAGGCCCCAAGGCUCCCGAGUGUGGACAACGGUGGAGAAACGAAGGUGUCACAGUGGGGGAAGUGUUCGAGGAGGGGGUGGGUUCUCUGGUGGUCAUUUUCCCACCAUGCAGCGUAGCUCCAGCUUCAGUUUGCCUUCGCGCUCCAGCAUCCCUUCGGACGGAGCACUGGACUUGCCAUUCUUCAACCAGCGACUGCCUCUCCACCCUCAAUUCACUGCCUCUCCAGUCUCCCCUACCUCUCCUUCCUCGCAUCAUCACCACUCCCGCCAUCACCACUUCCUCAGGCCUCUCUCCCUCUCCCACGAGCAGAUCAGCCUGCCCGAGCUCCAGAGGGAAGGGGCGUUGGAGGCCAGCUCUCCAGACUCUACCCCAGAACUGGGGAGGCGAGCUGGCCAGAGAGCCAGGGGCACAGGGUGUCUGUCCCGGAGCAGGUCCCAGCCCUGCGUGCUAAACGACAAAAAGAUUGGUAUGAAGCGCAGGAGACCAGAAGAUGCCCAGGAGCAGCGGCCCUCCCUGGACCUGGCAAAGAUGACACAGAAACUUCAGACUUUUCAGAGCUUGAGCUGCCCCGGAUUCUCAGCCACUGACAGCUGCCAAUCAAGCCUCCCGCUGCCCUCCUUUGAGACCCCGGGCCAACCAGAUUCAGACUUCACCGCUGUGUCCGAGCUGGGACUGGAGUUACGGCAGGGAGUGGCAGGAGAUGACGAAGAAGAGGAUUCAUCCUACGAAGAGCUUGAUAGCGAUUCAGCUUGCAGCGUGGACUCACGGCCGGGGUCUCCUGUUGGCAUCAUGAGCGGUAAACAACACACCCUCUGGAAGGGUGACCGUGGGACACAGAGGGACAUCUUCCAGCUGGGGGGAGAGCUGGAUCUUGACCAGAUUGAAAGGAACUGAACAUUUUAUAGGAGAUUUUAAAGGACUGUGUGUGGACUGUUGUAGAAGGUUCUUGGACAUUGGUGGUGGACCAAAAAAGGGCUCUUAAGAAGGGCUGUGAGAAACAGAUUGGAGGAGUUUUUUCGAAAGGGAAAGAUGAAAGAGAGACUAGGAAAGUGAUAAAGAUGACAAGAGAUUAAGUAUGUUGUUAGUGGCUGGCUUCUUAAUGACAAAUUUGCCUUGAACAUUCUUACUGUUUGAAUCAAAAAGCAGUAAACUUAGCUGGGGUUUGUUUUGUUUUUGUUUUGUUUUUUUGUUUGUUUUUUUUGGGGGGGGUUGGUAUUCAGCUUAACUCAGGAGUGGGAAAGUGAGGGUUAGUCUUAAGAAAACCUCCCAGCCCCCACUGCCUUUUCAACCUGAUGACCUUUGUCAAAGUCAGCUAACCUUAGGUUUUAGUACUGUAGCAGUAGCUGGGCUCUCCUGUAUUUAGCUCGAGUUUGUUUUUCAGAGAAAGUGGGGGCGUCAAGGUUGGGGUGAAAAAGUGAGGGGUAAACAACAGGAAGAGGUAUCUUCUUGCAGACUUACCCUUGACCUUCCACUUCAUCUUCUGUGCACACGUGAAAAUCAGAUUUUUUUUUUAAAUUUUUUUUUUUUUAUGCUGAAUGUAGCCUCAAUAAGCUUUAUGAGGAGUUCAGAAAAUGACAGUGCCUUCCUUUCGAUAUUUGCUCUCCCAGUUCUCUUCAAGAAACUAGCCUCAAUCGAAGCCACCAUUUCUGACCUUUUUUGUAGUUUCUUAAUAUGCAAAUUGUAUAUUUGAAUUAAACACUGAAUCUCAAGUUUUCAGUUCUUAUAUCAAUGUAUAUUUUUCUAAGUAACUGUUUUUUAUGAGCUGUUUGUGAAGGAGCCAGAAUACAAGGCAUUUCUUCUAACAGAAUGGACAAGAAAUAAAUUUACAACUUGCAUUCAUA